AUUAUUAUGAUAAGCUAAAUGAGACAAAGCGCAUCUAUAUAAGUAGGUUAUCGUGUUUACCAAACUUAAUUGUAUACAAAAAUUAGUAGGUAUACUCAUACAAAAUGCGCGUUGCACUCUUGUGUUUCUUAUUGGUCUGUGCCAUUCUUCAGGCUUCAUCUGUUGAAUAUCCUGAACAAUUUCACGACGAACACAGUAUCGCAUGCACGAAGAAAUUAAAAAUGGAUAAAAGUGAUCUCAAUAACAUUAUGGACGAGAGCUUUGACGUCUAUCAGAAUCCGACCGCUCGCUCCUACAAGAAGUGUAUCUUCGAGGGGAUGAAUUUGGUGAAGGAUGGGGAAUUCGUAAGAGAAGCGACUGUAAAUUAUAUUGCUACGAAGGUUGUUCCGUUUUACAAGCCCAACGUCCACGAUCCCGCCGUGGAAGCCGGAAAGGCGUACGACCGGUGCGAACACGUCGAAGGUGGAAAAGAUGGAGAGAGGAUAGUCAACUUUAUUAACUGCGUUAAUGCGGAGCUCCGAAAAUAAUGACUCAUACACAAGUUGUUACAUUGUAAACUGUAACCAAAUAAAUUGGAUCACUAGGUGCAUAUUAUACUAGUUAGGCCCGGU